UGUCGCCCCAAAAACCCUUUCUCAAUGAUCAAAGUCCCCAAUCCCCCUAAUACACCUCCAUAUAUCCUCUCCCCUCUCAACUCCAAAACAUUCGACAUCUCCUUCCCCGCCACUCCCAUCCCUCCACCAUCCAGCUCCGAUGAUGACGAGCUGGACCGGUGGAGUGGCCACGAGGAGGAGCGGGGGAAGCUGCAUAAGCCACCAAGAAGAAGAUUCAAGCGUUAUGGGUCGAAAGAGUGGAAAGGGGGAGAGGAGUGUAGUGAGAGGAAGCCGAUGUUGGAGAGGCCGGCAGAGCAAUGCAUGGUGUCGGAUCAUGGGCGGAGCUUCGUGGUGGUGGUGAAGAAGUCGGUGGAUCCGUAUGAGGAUUUCAAGAAAUCAAUGUCGGAGAUGAUGGUGGCGGAGAAGAUCCUUGAGCCUAGAGAGAUGGAGCAGCUGUUGAUGAACUUCCUCUCACUCAACUCAAGAAUGCAUCACAAAGUUAUCAUACAGGCUUUCACACAGAUUUUCAAGGAAAUGCUCUAACUUAAUGUUGUAUUGUUAUUUCAUUUAUUUGUGAUCAGAAUUAUUGUUUGAUUCACUUGUUUAUGUAUAAAUUAUUUUUUCAUUCAAAGUUAUAACAUGCUCCCCCAGUCCU